GUUCCCUCUUCUGUUGUUCUGACUGCUUUCCAAGUGAUGUCAAGGGUUUUCCUGACGUGGGCAGUAACACAUAGUGUAAAAGAGAGAGCAUGCAGUCUCACCUGGGGAGAUGUACUGAAAGUGUCACGAGUGUUCUACUUUUUCUAAAGGCUGACUGCACAAGUGAGCUCCAUGGUGAAGUCCAGGAUUAAAUUCUCACACAGCUUUAUGGAACUUGUACAAACUGAAGAUAGUGUCCUGUUGUUUGUGGUGGCCUGGACAAUCACGGAGAUAAUCCGCUAUUCUUUUUAUACAUUUAGCUUGUUAAACCAUCUCCCUUAUCUCAUCAAAUGGGCCAGGUACACUUUGUUUAUAGUACUAUAUCCAAUGGGAGUCUCAGGCGAAUUGCUCACCAUAUAUGCUGCAUUACCCUUCGUCAGGCAGUCUGGCUUGUAUUCCAUUAGUUUACCUAACAAGUACAAUUUUUCUUUUGACUACUAUACAUUCCUGAUCCUGGUUAUGAUCUCUUACAUUCCAAUCUUUCCUCAGCUGUAUUUUCAUAUGCUACAUCAGAGGCGAAAGGUACUCUCCCACACUGAAGAACACAAGAAGUCAGAGUAAAUCCAACUUUUUCAGAACUUUACAAACAUCAAAAUGCUGCAGAUUUUUCAAUACCCAGCACAUUUAUAAAGAAUGUACCAGGAUAAAAUAAGUCAGAGGUAAAAGACCAAUAAUUUAGCAAAAAUAACCAAUAAAUCUCAUUUCACUGAAAUUUCACAAUGUAAAGCAUUGAAAUAAUUUUCAGCUUGCAGUGCUUCAGAAAACUUUUAAACUUUAUAUGGCUUGGCAGUUAGCCUUUUCCUUUUCCUUAAAUGAUGUGCUAAAUGGUUUUCAUUUAUUACUAAAUGCCUGAAGGUUGCAGUAUGAGUGAUGAAGUUGUACCCACUAAAUGCUUGAAUUGGGAUUAUAUUACUGAUACCUCUUUUUUUUUAAGUGCUUGACUGCAUGCCCGAAACUGUAUGUAUUGCUGUGAAAGCAAACAAUAUGCUCUGGAAUACUUCAGGAUUUUGUCAGAGACUCCAGUGGACAAUGUAAUCCGGGCAAAGUGUUUGAAUGUAGGAAGGUAGGUUGCAUAUUUAAAAGGUGAUGGGAACAAGAACAGGAAACCAGUUAUGGGAAAUGAGGGGAAUGUGGUUCUUUAGGAAUUUAGAACAGUAGGGUGUCUGACCAGACUCUGUUCUCUGAAGAUCUUGUUUAAGCUGAUUACUCAAAUGCUAAUGUUAAUUCAGAGGCUAUAAUGCUUAUCUGAAACGUUAAAACUCCUUAAGGUACUGCAUCCCUGGAUACCUUUUUAAAUAUCUUAAAAAAAAUUAUACCAACUGUAAUAUUUCUAAUGAUAUCAGUAAUGAAUCUAAACAAUACAAGGAGACAGGUCACCCAGAAACAGGUGCAGUUCUCUCUUUUUUUACUUUAAAUUAUCAUCUCUACUCACUUUCCACUAUCUCAGUGGUACUCAUCUUUCAGUGUUGAGGACUAUUUGGUCUACUGUGAAAUCAUUUGAGGGCCUUGUUCCUCAACCUAACUUUUCUCAAGUGACUAAUGUGUAUCACACUGGCACAUCCAAGCAGGCAGUUCCAGGCGCUUGGCUUCUGAAAUGUUGCAAAGUCAUAAGCUCCUUCUUUGAAAGCAGAUUAUCUCAUGUGUUACAUGCUGCUUUUGCAGAUUGGACAAGCCUCCCCUCAUCCACCGUUUUGAAAGAGCUGAAGACCAUAGCAAGUUAAAUUUUCCUAGGUGCUUUCUCUGGGUUCUCAGACUAAGCCUUCCCUUGGGAAGGUAAAACAGAAAAUGAAGGAACUGAGAAAACCUUGUGGCGAGGUGGAAUGUACUAAUGCUGGGUGUGCAGUGCCCCAAGUUAUGAUCAGACUGUUGGUUGGGGGUGGGGAUCAAUGGAGGGGACCAAGGGAGCAGGAAAAUGAACAGAUAUCCAAGCAAAGGCAAAAGGAAAUGUAGGUUAUGGUCUUUGCUCUGUUAGGAAUUGAUAGUCAAAUAGUCCUGUCUUCACCCAAUCAGAACCGCUAGACAACAACAGAAGGGCUUCUCUGGCUUCCCUCUUGUAAUGUCAUGAUUUAAUGCAUAAGUGAGGUGUGACCACUACCAUGGUACCUGCCAUACCAGUCUCGUGCUGUGCCUGCCAGCACCUCCUCCUGGACGUGGCCCGUUUCUGUGUCCCAUUUACUUGUGCUUGAUGCAUUGCAGCUCUCCCUAAACAUCGCCAGUGUACUAAGGGCACAGGCUCUCUGUUCUAGCAUCUGGGGAGAGCUGGAUUUACAAUUAUUUCGGUUUAUGCUUGUCAGAGCUAUAUU